AUGGCUUUUACUCCAAGCCCCGAAUUCCAGGCCGCCGCCGACGCCAGCAAGAAGCUGCUCGCAAAGCCCUCCGCCGAUGAGCUCCUCAAGCUCUACUCUCUCUACAAGCAGGUGACCGAUGAAAAGGGAUUCGCGGCUGCAAAGGCGCCCGGUACUUUUGACUUCAAGGGCAAGGCCAAGUACAAUGCCUGGAAGGAGGUCGCGGAGGCUGGCACCUCUCCCGAGGAUGCACAGAAGCAGUACAUCGAACUUGUCGAGGAGUUGAAGACAAAGUACGGAUAUGAUGAGAACAAGGUCCCCGAGACUGUCGGUGACAACUAG